AUGUUAUUUACCGUACUCGGAGUUAUUGCUCUCUUCCUGAGAGAAAGAACCAUCAAAUCCACCGUCUCAGGUCAAGAAGAAAGAUUCGACCGUCAGGAAGGAUUGGUCACGGCACCCCCAGUGACUAACAGUGAUGGUCGAGAAAUCGGUGACUGGUGUGAAGAUUCAUCUUUGCAUCUGGAGGAACAGAUCAAUGUUCAGACUGAGGAAUCGUCACUGGAGGAACCUGUUGAUGAUCAUAGUGAAGAAUCAUCACUGGUAGAGCCUGUCAGUGUUCACGGUGAAGAACAAUCACUGGUAGAGCCUGUCAGUGUUCACGGUGAAGAAUCAUCACUGGUAGAGCCUGUCGGUGUUCACGGUGAAGAAUCAUCACUGGUAGAGCCUGUCGGUGUUCACGGUGAAGAACAAUCACUGGUAGAGCCUGUCGAUGGUCACAGUGAGGACUUAGCCAGCUCCUCCAGCAGUGAUGAUGUUCCUCCAAACAUUUUCUACGCUGAGUCCAGCAGUAGUGAUGACUUCCCUCAAGAGUUUUACUCAGCCGGAACCAACUGUAGUAGUGAGCUCACAGUCAGCUCCUACAGCAGCUUCUUCUCUGCUGAAUCCGGCUGUGGUGAUGACCCCUCUACAGAUUUUCUGUCCGCUGAAUCCGGCUGUGGUGAUGACCCCUCUACAGAUUUUCUGUCCGCUGAGUCCGGCUGUGGUGAUGACCCCUCUACAGAUUUUCAGUCCGCUGAGUCCGGCUGUGGUGAUGACCCCUCUACAGAUUUUCAGUCCGCUGAGUCUGGCUGUGGUGAUGACCCCCCUCCAAAUGUGGUCUCUGCUGAGCCUGGCUGUAGUCAUGAUGACCCUCCAAAUGUGGUCUCUGCUGAGCCCGGCUGUAGUCAUGAUGACCCUCCAAAGGUGGUCUCUGCAAAGCCCGGCUGUAGUCAUGAUGACCCUCCAAAGGUGGUCUCUGCAAAGCCCGGCUGUAGUCAUGAUGACCCUCCAAAGGUGGUCUCUGAAAAGCCCGGCUGUAGUCAUGAUGACCCUCCAAAUGUGGUCUCUGCAAAGCCCGGCUGUAGUCAUUACCCCCCAACAAAAGUGGUCCCUGCUAAGCCCGGCUGUAAAGCUGCCGCUCAAGGUGCAACCGGUCAGACGAAGGGCGCUGUUCCACAUCAGCCAAAACAGCUGAAUUAUAGAAACACACACAUCAUGGAGAUCAACUUCAAGAUGUAUGAAAUUGGCGCUAAGCUGGGCAAAGGAGGCUUUGGAACCGUUUACACUGGGACCCGUAUAAAAGAUCGCCUUCCGGUGGCAUUAAAAGUGGCUGACUUCAAGGUUAAGCAAUUCAUCCAAGUUGAUGAUUUUCUCCAGCCACUUCCAGCGGAGAUCGCUCUGCACUUUCUUGCCUCUAAAGGCCCCAAAGCUAAACCAAUUGUUAAGCUUCUGGACUGGAAAGUGGAGGCUAAUCGUUACUUACUAGUCCUAGAGCGGCCCGUACCCUGUGAGAACUUAUGGGAAUUUCUAUGUAAAUACGACGGUAGAAUCCCAGAGAAGAUAUUAUGGAAAAUCAUGUUCCAUACAACAAUUGCAGCUGACAUCUGCUGCAAACGUGGAGUGCUUCACCGCGAUAUCAAGGCUGAGAAUUUGCUGAUUAACCUGCGGACCCAUCAAGUCAAACUGACUGACUUUGGGUGUGGUGAACGCCUUACUAGGAGCUGUUACAAAGAGUACUGCGGUAAGUAAAUCCUUCAAAGCUCUAAGGAGCUCUUGUGAUGGGGCAAGGGUCAUUCACAUGAGACUCUUGAAACAUCCGCUGUUGUUUAUCCAUACCAGGGGUGCCAAAGCUCAGUCCUAGAGGGCCGGUGGCCUACAGAGUUUAGCUCCAACUUGCUUCAACACACCUGACAGGAAAUGUCUAAUAUACUUAGA